UAGACUUGCGCUGGGGAAAGACAUAGUACAGUGGAGGAGCGUCUCCAUUCUGCACCUAAUAGGGAAAGACCGGAGCAGUGAGCAUGGCGGUCGAGGAGGAAGGGCUCCGAGUUUUUCAGAGCGUCAAAAUAAAAAUAGGCGAGGCCAAAAAUAUCCCACCAUACCCUGGUCCCAAUCGGAUGAGGGAUUGCUACUGCACUGUUAACUUGGACCAGGAAGAAGUCUUCAGGACCAAGAUCGUUGAGAAAUCAUUAUGUCCCUUCUACGGAGAAGACUUCUAUUGUGAAAUCCCUCGUAGCUUUCGCCACCUCUCCUUCUACAUCUUUGACAGGGACGUGUUCAGGAGGGACUCCAGCAUCGGUAAGGUUGCGGUGAAGAAAGAGGAUCUACAGAAAUACCAUGGUAAAGACACGUGGUUCCCACUGCAACCUGUCAGCGCUGACUCGGAAGUGCAGGGGAAGGUCCACCUGGAGCUGCGCCUGAGUGAGGUCAUCACUGACAGCGGAGUUGUCUGCCACAAGCUGGCAACACGCGUGUUAGAGUGCCAAGGUCUGCCCAUCGUCAACGGCCAGUGCGACCCUUACGCUGCCGUCUGCCUGCUGGGUCCUUCCAGGUCGGAUGCCAAGAAGACCAAAGUGAAAAGGAAAACAAACAACCCGCAGUUUGAUGAAGUCUUCUAUUUCGAGGUCACCAGGCCGCUAAGUCACACCAAAAGACAGUUUGAUGUCGAAGAAGAGGACGUGGACAAGCUAGCACUCAGGGUGGAUCUGUGGAAUGCCAGUAAUCUGAAGUUCGGUGAUGAGUUUCUGGGAGGGGUACGGGUACCGCUGAGAGCUCUGGGCCAGUCGGGCAUUCACGACGCAUGGUACUUUCUGCAGCCCAGAGAGAAUGGGAAUAAGUCAGUGAAGGCUGAUGAGUUGGGUUCUCUGCGGCUCAACAUUGUUUACACUGAGGACCAUGUCUUCCCCUCAGAGCACUACACCCCUCUGAGAGAACUGCUCCUCCAGUCUGCACAUGCAGAGCCCGUUUCAGCAUCAGCGGCCCACAUUCUUGGUGAGGUGUGUCGGGAGAAGCAAGAGGCGGCGGUGCCGCUUGUGCGUCUGUUCCUGCAUUACGGCAAAAUCGUGCCUUUCAUCAGUGCCAUCGCUAACGCCGAGGUCAACCGCACACAGGACCCCAACACCAUAUUCAGAGGGAACUCACUGACAUCAAAGUGCAUCGAUGAGACCAUGAAGCUUGCAGGGAUGCACUACCUGCAAGUCACACUGAAACCCAUUAUAGAUGAGAUCUGCACUGAUCACAAGCCCUGUGAAAUCGACCCAGUGAAGCUGAAGGAGUCAGAAAAUCUGGAGACCAAUAGGGAGAACCUGCGACAUUACGUGGACCGCAUCUUCAACGUCAUCACCAGCUCGGGCGUCAGCUGUCCCACUGUCAUGUGCGACAUCUUCUUCUCGCUCCGAGAAUCCGCUGCCACGCGUUUCCAAGUGGACCAGGACGUGAGGUACACAGCCGUCAGCAGCUUUAUUUUCCUGCGGUUCUUUGCUCCGGCCAUCCUGUCGCCCAACCUGUUCCAGCUCCGACCGCACCAUCCGGACCCCUGCACAUCUCGCACCCUCACCCUCAUCUCCAAGACCAUCCAGACCCUGGGAAGCCUCGCUAAGUCCAAAUCUGCCAACUUCAAAGAGUCUUACAUGGCGGCAUUUUACGAUUACUUCAACGAGCAAAAAUACGCAGACGCCGUGAAAAAUUUUCUGGACCUGAUCUCGUCCUCAGGAAGAUGGGACCAAAAGAGCAUCGAAACACCAAUCAUGCUGAAGGAAGGAUUCAUGAUCAAAAGGGCCCAGGGGAGGAAGCGAUUUGGCAUGAAGAACUUUAAGAAGAGGUGGUUCCGUCUCACCAACCACGAGUUCACCUACCACAAAACCAAAGUUAACUUACUGUUGCCAUACCUUUUGUGUCCAGGAGAGGCCGCCCUCUGUAGCAUUCCCAUAGAGAAUAUUCUAGCUGUGGAGCGACUGGAGGAGGAGUCUUUCAAGAUGAAAAAUAUGUUCCAGGUUAUCCAACCGGAGAGGGCCCUCUACAUCCAGGCCAAUAACUGCGUGGAGGCUCGCGACUGGAUCGACAUCCUCACCAAAGUCAGCCAGUGCAACCGCAAACGCCUGAGCACCUACCACCCGUCUGCCUACCUCAACGGCCACUGGCUGUGCUGCAAGCUGUCUGCGGACACCGCCCCGGGCUGCACGCCAUGCACAGGUGGGCUGCCAGCCAACAUACAGCUGGACGUAGAUGGAGACAGAGAAACGGAGAGAAUCUACUCCUUGUUCAGCACGUAUAUGUCCAAACUGGUCAAAAUGCAAGAGGCGUGUGGCAGUAAAUCAGUGUACGACGGACCUGAACAGGAGGAGUACUCCAGUUUCAUCAUCGACGACCCUCAGGAGACGUAUAAAACCCUGAAGCUGAUUGUCUCGGCUGUGCAGACGCUGGAGCAGCAGCACACGCAGUACAAACGAGACAAAUUCAGGAAGACCAAAUACGGCAGCCAGGAGCAUCCAAUUGGUGACAAAAGCUUCCAGUGCUACAUCAGACAACAGUCGGAGAGCUCCACCUACUCCAUCUGAGUCUGCUGCGCUUACUAUGACGUUCUUCUUUCUCUGCUGAGGCACAGGCAACGCAUCACAGUGGGUUUCCAUGACGACUGAUGCACAUCCCUCCGAGGCAGACACACACUGGGCCCUGAUUGACAGGGAAGCAGGGAGAGAGAA